AGCUGCAGCAAACGGAAUCUGAAAUGAAAAGUCCCCCUCCAGGAGAGACCCCAUGCAGAGAAAUAGGCUUUGUUUUUAAAAAAGAACCACAAAACAACCAACCAGAGAAGGCCACGCUCCCAGCGCCGCUCCCGGCACACACACCGGCCCCACAACACCCCUGCUCCCCUCUGCUCCCGCCACCCCGGCGAAGCGCGCUUGCGCGGUCAACUGCCACCCAGGACCGCGGCUGCUCUGGCCUAGGCAUGUCCUGUUCUUCUUCCUCCUCCGCAGCCGGGCUGCGGCCAGUCACUCACCUGAUCUUUGACAUGGACGGCCUUCUUCUGGAUACUGAGCGUCUCUAUUCAGUAGUGUUCGAAGAGAUCUGUGGGAGUUUUGGAAAGUCCUAUACCUGGGAUGUGAAAUCCUUGGUCAUGGGGAAAAAAGGCACAGAAGCGGCGGAGAUUAUUCGAGAUGUUCUAGAUCUUCCACUAACCAAAGAGGAGUUACUACAUGAAAGUAAAAUUAAGCAGGAGAAGAUAUUCCAUACUGCUGAAUUGAUGCCAGGGGUUGAUAAAAUGAUUCGGCAUUUAUACAAACACAACAUACCCAUGGCUGUUGCCACCAGCUCAUCUGAAGAGUCAUUUCAGAUGAAAACAGUCAGACACAAAGAGUUCUUUGGUCUUUUUCAUCAUAUCGUGCUGGGAGAUGACCCUGAGGUGAAGCGUGGCAAACCACAGCCUGAUGCAUUUCUAGUUUGUGCAAAGAGAUUUCACCCUCCUGCACCUCCAGAGAAGUGUCUUGUGUUUGAAGAUUCACCACUUGGAGUCAAAGGAGCCCUGACAGGAGGAAUGCAAGUGGUUAUGAUUCCAGAUGAAAAAUUAAAUCCAGAUCUUAAAAAAGAGGCAACACUACUGCUGAACUCCAUGGAGGAUUUCAAGCCAGAACUGUUUGGUUUACCAGCAUAUGAUUAGUGCCUAAUCUCUAUGCGCAUGCACUUAACUGGACACUGGGAAAGUGGAAUGAAAUUUUACUAUGAUUUUAUGAUUGUUUUGCAUCUUUUCCUUUCUUCCUCAAAACUAGAAUACAAAAGUCCUGCUAACGAGUCUUCCACACAGUACCUUUAAAAGUUGCCUGGGAUGUUUAUGAUUUGUCCUCAUGAUAAAUUCUAAAUUAAAGCAGCGUUUUCUCUUGUGAAGUGAAUCCAGCCUUGUUCUCUGUACAUCACAAUGUUUUCUGGGAAUAUUAUGAAACUAUUUAGACAAUUUAUUGUAAUUGCAUUGGAAGCUUCUUGUUCUGUUUCCACUUGAAUGACUUACUGUUUAGAUAUUAACCAGAAAUCUGUUCUGGAUUAGCUUUUAUUCCAUUACAUUGGUUUUGAUACAGUUAUUGCUAUCAACAUGUUUAUCCAUUUCCUCAUCCUGUACUUGUCCCUGUAUUCCCCUUUGUAUCAUGUUGUCUUUUUUUUUUUAUUUUCCCCAAUUAUUUGCAGAGAUUUUGUUGUAUUUUCUGUGUUUUCUUAGUUUGUUUUCUUCUUUGGAGUUGAAUGAGAUGACCUCCAGAGGUCCUUUACAACUUCCAUUAUUCUGUAAUUCUAUUAGUACCUUCUCUGGCAUGGUAAUCACCUGCUUUGAGCUAUAUGAGAUCAUGUGAUCCUAUGUUUUAACCAAUCAAAAUGCUUUGCAUCUUCCUUCUUUCAUUACAUUCUUGUAAUUUUUCAUGUUGCCAUGGAGCCUUUCCUUUCAUUCUUGUGAAAUGAAUCCAUCUUGUCUCCCUGCAUCAAUUCUGAUAAAAGUUAUGGCCUUAAUCCAUUGUAUCCAAAUAGCUUUCUGUAGGGCAUCCUUACUUUCACAUUCUGACCUCUUUCUUGAGCCUUUUUUUUUUUCCAAGUUCCCUGCAGAGUUUUGCUUUCUACUUUAAAAAUACAGAAAUUGUAGUUUUGGUUUGUUUAAAUACUUACAAUUUAUUUUCCUGGCUACCAUAAUUUCCACAAAAUGUUUAUGUUGUCAUCUGUCUCUCUUCUGUCUGUUUCUGGCAUCUCAUCAGGACAAGGGUAAGUGUCUCUUUAGAAUAAAAAUACUAGACAUGUAGACAGGUUUUGGUGAAACCCACAAAUACAUGUAUGAAAUUAUGGAAGCAAUGUCUUUUACUUUGUCUAAAGUAAGCUAUAUUACACGGGGUUCAUGAUUGUUUUAUAAAAUGAAUGAUUGUAUUCGGCAUUUAAAAAACUAAAUUUCUAAUUGAGUGUCCAUAAACCAGCCCAAAAUCUUGGUAAAAUAUCAAACUCCAUAAAGACAAGGAGCGCGAAGUAAAUUAGAGGAUUUCUAUGCAUUA